AAACCAAAACAAAAAGUCAAAAGUUACGCUAGCAGUGUUAUAAAACGAAAUGGCUGCCUCAACUACAAACGUGAAUAGCUGCUCCCUGGCUCUCUCGUGGUCGCGGCGGUUCGACAUAUUGCUCCCCAGAUCUCACGUCGGACCAAUUUCCAACACUCCCUUCUCUUCGCUCUCAGCUUUUAAUGCUACCACUAUUAGCUUUGGUUCGAGACCCAGAAAGACCGGAGUACUGAGCCGGGACGCCAAGCCACCGGCUGCCACUAUGGUGCUUGAGAACCCGGUCGUCUCCGAUAUCUGCGCCACCGGCUUGAGCGGUUGCAUUGCGCUAUCGAUACUUCGGUUCUGGGGAGAGACCGCCAAACGAGGGCUCUUCGACCAGAAGUUGAAUCGGAAGUUUGUGCAUGUAAGCAUCGGGCUGGUUUUCAUGCUUUGCUGGCCACUGUUCAGUUCUGGGCAUCGGGGGGCCAUUUUAGCAGCUCUUGUUCCGGGCAUCAAUAUCAUACGAAUGCUUGUCUUGGGACUUGGAAUAAUGAAAGAUGAGGCUAUAGUGAAGUCAAUGACCAGACACGGAGACUAUAGGGAACUUCUUAAGGGACCUCUCUACUAUGCUACAACAAUCACUUUGGCUUGUGUAAUUUAUUGGAGAACUUCCCCCAUUUCAAUUGCAGCAAUUUGUAACCUCUGUGCUGGGGAUGGUUUAGCUGACAUAAUUGGAAGGCGGUUUGGUAGUAAUAAAAUUCCCUACAACCGAAACAAGUCUUUAGCUGGUAGUGUAGCAAUGGUUUCUGCUGGGUUUUUGGCAUCUGUAGGGUAUAUGUACUAUUUCUCCUUAUUCGGAUUUGUUCGGGGAAGUUGGGAAAUGGUUUUGGGUUUUUUGGUUGUCUCUCUUGCCUCGGCACUGAUGGAAUCUCUCCCUAUAAGCACUGAGCUUGAUGACAACCUGACAGUUCCCUUGACUUCCAUAUUGGUGGGCACUCUUGUUUUCUGAUUCAGGAGUUAAGGAAAGCAAAAACUUGAUUAACAGAGGGGAGUGUUGGGACUGACCUGAUGUUGGUGUGGAUAAUGUAUUUGUUGUAUACUAAAAUUUUGGACAAUUUGAGGACAAGAGAGCCAACUCUUAUUAGUCUUGUAAAGAUUAAUUGUACCUGUAAGUUUAUCGGGCGCCUUCUCAGGAGCAGCCGGUUGUCUGGGGUUUGGGCAAGAAUCCUUUUUAUUUCAAAUAAAAUAAAUAGUAUCAAUUUCAUGGUUA